AUGAGAAUGAGCAAGCAAUGUGAUCGAAGUAUGCUGUUGGAGCACACUUUUCGGAUCUUCCUUGGUGUGUACACGCCGAGAAAGAUCCGAAAAAAGCGGUGUAAAUGGUAUAGUUCCCAGUACCCUUCACGCCUUACAUACAUCGUAUUGGAGAACGGGAGCAGUCUAAGUGAUUAUUGGAAAGAAGAAAUGGCUACAUCCGCUUACCAGAGAGGGACCAAUGGGCACCAGUCCAUGCUGGAGAAGUCGUUAGAGCGACGGCGUGUGAACAAAGAGCAUAACAGUAACUUCCGAGCUGGCCAUGUGCCAGUGCAUGAGGAACACCUGCACAAGACAGGGCUGCGUGGCAGAAAACGUUACUUUGCUUACUGCUUCCUUGCAAUGGUUUACAUCACUGCAGUGGGCAACCUAGUGAUUACAGCACUUAUGAUGUGGACCCUCCGCAUUGACAUGAAUGGACUGCAGUCAUUACAGUUCCUCAGAGGUGGACUUGUGCGGUUCCUGGAUGAAGUCGAUAUCGACACCGUCGUUACAUCACACGGGGAAAUAGGUGGCUUUAUGGGACAGGAUCUGGAGAUUUCAGGUCAAAGGUCAACUGUUCGGGUGGUUGCACAUGAGAAGCCUGCUGCAUCAGUUGAAGUGAGUAAUGGAGAGACAAUUAUGCGAGGUCAGAAGGGGUUAAAGGUCAUCAGCCCCAGGUCAGGGGCAACCAUCUUUCAUACUGACGCCAGCAAGGAAGCAAUCCUCCCUACAAAGAUGGAUACAAUGCAAUCAUCGCUGAUAACUGCCAACAAGAUUGUGAGCGACACGGAAGAAGAUUUGAGGAUAAUGUCCAACGCAUCAGUGGAGCUUCUUGGCAGCGAGGUCUUGCAGUUAUCCUCCAAACAACUGAAUGCUGAUGCAAGGGACAUUCUUAUUACAUCGAUGUCUACUCUCAUACUGGACGGCAGUGUCGGUACAUUUCUCAACACUACAUUAUUACCUAAAGCAAGUGGCAGCGUAGGCAACAGACCCAAAGCUACCGUCUUCAAGCUGUGCGUGUGCAAGACCUCGGGCCGGGUAUUCCAAGUCAGGGUACAAUCUGGUGUGCAACACCCAUGUGCUAAUUUAGACAGCAGUUUCAACUUGUGCACCUAGCUUGUAUGGAUUGUCAGCAUUGGAUUAUUGCAAUAUGUGUGAAGCAUUUGUCAACCACCGACUUUUCUGGGCAGAUGGUCGAAGAGAGAUUUUGAAAUAUUGUUGAAAUAUGGAUCUUUACCUUUAAAAUGACUGUUUAGGUUUUGAAAAAGAGAUAGGCCAUCAGCCUGGGGGUUUGGUCAGUAUCAAACCAGGGCAUAAAUGAUUAAAGUGAGCAUGCACAAGGUAUACUGCCCCUAUCUUGAUGGACAUUUUGAAAAAAAGGGUGAUAACCCAAAAAGCUGCCACCGCU